GUUGUGUAUGUAAUCUUUUGUUCAUUGUCUAUAACAUCCACCAUCAUCCCACACAAACAAUUAGAAAAAAAAGAACUAGGCAUAGACAUAACUCCUCCACUAACACCAGAAGCUCAGGUAAACAGAGUAGCAUCAGCAGAAUAUGUUUAGAUAGCAAACAUAGGAACAUCAUUUAAUGAUCUAAGUAAAGACAGUUUCAAGUUUGUACAUACUGCCUAUGUAAGGUCAUUUACUUGAGAAUACAGCACCAACAUGGGACCUGCACCUUGUGAAGUACAAAAAGAAACUUGAGAAGGGUCAGAGGUUUGCAGUUACUAAUAGCACCCUCACCGUGGACGCACACAACAGUGAAGGGGACCAAGUGCAUGGCCCAGCACAGCUCGCAGCAUGAAUGGUUUUGGCCCUCUGGAGACCACAAGUGCCAGAGUGCUCCUGCUGGAAGUUCUCUUGAGAGCAGUCACCAUAACAUCUCUAUCCGUCACAUCAUCUUUGCUUUCCAGUUCCCUCCUACAAAACAUGGAGCAUCCAGGUGGCAGCAGCGGCUAGCAGGGCUGUUGCGCCUUCGUCUGCUACAUGAAGGAGAGAGGCAACUAGCUGCUGGCACAAAGUUGAGUUUGAUCACUCGUUUAGGCUAUACUGAUGGUGAUGACCCCCACCCCAAGCUGAUGGCGGCAAGAAUGCAAGAUCGACAAAUAUCAUGUCAUUUACGAAAAAAGCACAAGUUUGGUGGUUCAACAUAUGAUUGCUCCCCUAUGCCUUUGGUUGUUCUGUACAGCCUUUACCAUGACCACUACAUCAUCAAUAUUAAAGUUCCUAUCAUGGAGGGACCUGCCUCAAAAGAUUUCAUGAUUAACCAAGAAUUUGAUCAUAUUGAAGACUUAUAUGUCUCGUUUAUCAGCCAGGAUGGACAUUACACGAAGGUACUUGUGGCACUUCAAACAGUGUUCUUUCCAGCAGUAGUGACAUUGCUGGCUUGGUAUAUCCGUCUUCUCUGGCAACUAUGCUGGUCCUUCACGUACUUUCAGAUUAUGCUUCUAUUUCUGGCUGUGGCUCUUCUGCUCAUAAACUGUCCCUGGACGUAUAUUACGUUGCUGGCCAACUGCCCAUGGGUCAUCAUACUGCAAGACCUUAGUCUUGGCUUCUUCUAUGGCACCUUUAUGACAUUCCUCCACUUUUUAACUUACUUAUAUUUAGAGCCUGUUAAACGCUGCCCAAAAGUUAGGACAGCAAUGGUGCAAGUAAUCAGUGGCUACACGGCAACAAUUUUCCUUAUUGAUGUCAUGGAACAUGCCAUCCUUCUACACAACCCCCUGCCUUACGUUUGGGAGUCCCUUCAUCUUGGAUUGGCCACUAUCACAGUAUUGCUAGUGGUUGCGUACCUCACUUACAUUACCUUCAGAGUCUAUUCGGCAGUAAUUGUUGUGCAGAAAAGAGGUCAAGAAGAGUGCAAGGGGAUGGACACAGACCCAUUUGGUAAGACAUGUGAAUUCUCCAGAGCAUCAGUAGGUCCAUGGUGGAGAGAGGCUUUCAUGCUGGUGGUGUCUUGGCUCUGUGUUCUCCUCACAGCUGUAGAGUUUGUCAUUAAAAGGUUACAUGAUGGAAUGUGGAUCUGGGAAGAUAUUUUUGGCAAUCUUGAAAUAGAGAACACAAGUGGUCUUCUGUUGGGAAUUUACAGUAUGUGGAAUGUGUUCACAUUUGUGGUUUUAAUAGUGUACCCUCCAGUACUGCCGCCCGUCACACCACAAGUUAAUUUAGAAGUCACUGCUGAGAGACCACCCGAGCAACCAACCCAGCUGCGGCUUAGACCUCCGUUGCGCAGACAGGAUGCAAUCGACAUCGUUAGCGAGGACUCCUUAGAUGUGGAUGCUGAACAUGGUGUAAGUGGGGAUGCAACACCUGGUGAUGCUGUUGUAACACUUGAUGUUUUAAGUGGUAAUGGCAUCAUAAGUAGUGAUGAUGCAGUUAGUGUGUAUUUAAUAAGUGCAGAUAGUGUCAUCAGUGGUGAUGCUUUUGUAAAUGGUGAUAUUGUAGUAAAUCAUGCUGCCGGCAGCAAUGGUGCUACCGCUGCUUCUGCUGUGCUCAGCAGCAGUGCUGCCACAAACAAAGAUGUUGCUGGCACCAAUAAUGCUGCUAUAAACUGUGAUGUUGCCAUCGUACGCAAUGCUGCUGUAGCGAGUAAUGACAACAUUGAUGUUGCUGCUGUAAAUAGUGAUGUUGCUAUGAGUUAUGAUGCUUCCGUAAGUGAUGUUGCCAGAGACACUGAAACUUCUGGAUGUGGUGAUACUCUGACAUUUAGUGGUUCUCUUGUGCUUGGCGAAGCAGCCUUAAGUAUUGAUGAUGCCUUAAGUGGUAUUGCAAUGAUUGAUGAUGAUACUGUAAGUUAUGAUGGUGCCACAAAUAGUAAUGUUUCUCUAAAUGUUAAUACAGCCAUAAAUAGUGACAGUUCUGGGUGUCCUGAUCCUAAUGUGAGAAGUGAUCCUGUGUGACAAUCAUUUAAGAUAACGCUUUACAAAAUGCAUUAGGAGAGUGGAUGUCUGAAUGCAUAUACAUACUAGAGGCAUUUAACAUUUCUAACUAAUCCAGUUCUAGUUAUAUGAAUUGGACAACAUGACAUCUUAAUUUUAGCAGGAAUAUCCAGUCAUUUAUUCUAAACUUGCCUAUGCGAUAAGAGCAUGGCAGUGAGUUGAUAUAACAUGUAUGUCAUUACAUUGAGACGAGGUAAGUAGACGAUGACCUGCGUGUAGUUGACAUGAGGGUUCUGCCCACACCUCUGUGAUUACUGGAUGCUUAUAUGAGAGAGAAGAACUUAAAAUAAUAAGCAUAAGUAAAAUCACAUGGUGCGGUCUUUUCCUCUUCUUCCAUUAAACAAAGGUUUUGAAAAUGACAUUAAUCUACAGCAAAAAUGCUUCUGAAACAAAUUAAGUCAAUUUUGAUUGACUUAAUAGGUACCUAAUUCUGGGCCACUGAGAUCGGUAAUGAUUAAAAUUGAACAUUGAUAAGCUUUAGUUUUUCAUCCAAGAUGAGUCUUAAAGCUGUUUUGCUGCAUAAUGGAAGUGUUUUGCCACCAAUUCCAUUGGGUUAUGCAUCCCAUAUAAAGGAAAUUUAUGACAACAUGAAGUGGCUCUUGAGGUGCAUAAACAAUGACACACAGGCAGGAGUGGCAGCUCUAUUGCAACUUGAAGGUUGUUGCUCUUGUGAUGGGUCUGUAGGGUGGAUACACAAAGUACUGCUGUUUUCUUUGUGAGUGAAAUAGUGGUGCAAGAGUUUCCCACUAUAUCAUGAGAGACUGACCACUCCGUCUGUCACUGGAGCCUGGGAGAAAAAUAUUCAGCAUCCACCACUUGCUGAAUCAAGUAAGAUUUGGUUAUAACCCUUAAACAUGAAAAUAGUUAAUCAGCAAAUUUAAUUAUUCUAUUUUAAUUCAGUACAUCAAAAUGCAUAAUAAACAGCUCUUUUUGUCUUGGAAGCAGGCAACUUUUUAAAAAUUGUUGACCAGUGUUACAGAACAAUAAUUAACCUGAGAGAUUUACUGUAAUUUUAACUUAUUAAGGCAUGUGAUUUUCAGAUUUAUGUUUACCUAAAACUUUUCAAAGUAUGUGUGCUUGUACUUGGCAAGUGUAUCCAUGUGAAGCAUGUGCUUGGCAUGCACGCCUGGUACCACUUAGUACGGGGCAGAACCUAAGUCUUUGUGAUCAUAUCAGAUUGCAUAGUAACACCACUUUGUACAUAAAUGUCUCUAUAUACACAAUUACUGUUUAUUUCAUUACUUCAUAAUAUUGAGGCAUUGUUUAUUGUCUAAUUGAGGGACUGUUUAUUUAAUUAAACAUUUCACACUACAGUAUGUAUAUGUCAUCACCCCAUGCUAAUUUCAUUGUAAUGCUAUCACCAUGGUUCCACAUUAUUUAUGAAAGGAAUAAUAAUACAUGUCUGACUUACCCAGUGUGGCAGCUGAUUACCAUGAAGAUAUCUACAUCUUUGCAUUAUGUACACUUUCAGGUGCUGUAUUUAAAGCAGAGUUGUGUGUGGAGUCUUUCACAGGCACUUUCUUGUUACCAUUCACUUUGUACGGAAAGACUUCGAGACAUUACUACAUGUACUUGUUGAACAAGUUUGUGUUUUUUAUUGCCAUAUAUGUGGUAGGCAUUCUUACAUAAACAAAAAUUUAUACAAAUAAUGCAUUAUGAAAGUAAU